CACAGAGAGCUUUGCUGGAGGUUUGUUGCUCCUCUUCCCAUAUAACAUGCAGGCGGCACCCUGUGCCUGGGGAGCCAGUAUCCACGCAGCAUCGCUGUUAACAAGUCUGAACCUCCAAAGAGAACAAGGUCAGUUCUGUGAUGUCGUGCUCAGACCAAAACAGGACCCGGGUGAACUCUACCCGGCACACAGGUGUGUCCUGGCAGCUUCUAGUCCAGUGUUGGCUUCUAUCUUGUCCUCUUCUGGCGCCCUGGUGGAACUGCAGGCUCCGUGUCUGUCUGACUCCGUACUGCCACUUCUUUUAGACUUCAUCUAUACCGGGGAUCUGCCAUACUCUCGCAGCCAGCACCAGUAUCACAACCUGCUCACUGCUGCCUGCUACCUUCAGAUGGAUGGUCUGCAGGGGGCUCUAAAGGCUAGGCAACAGACUGAGGCAGAAGCCGGAGAUAAUGCAAAUGUCUCCACUGGAACCCUUAUUAAGUAUCUGCCAGAGGAUCAUCCGUAUUCAGCCAAUGUGGGCACAUGCAAUGACAUAGAUCCAAGUAGAAGUAGCAGUAAAAAUGGUACAAAUCACUGUAGCAGAAACAAUACAAGCUCUUUGAGGAAGGUAAAUACCUGUCAUAGUAUAUCUGAAAGCACUGAGAGCAGUGUCAACACAGGCAACUGCAGACAAGAACCUCAGGAUAUCAUUAUAAGUAUCCCUUGCAUAGUUGAAGUGCUUGGGGAGUCAGGAGACGACAAAGAGGUGCAAAAGGAUCAGUUUCAUUCAAGUCAUUCAGCUGGCGCUGUAAAGCCACAGCCAUGCCAUGGGAGCACAGAUGGGGAGCUAGAGAGGACAGUUGAGGACAGGAGGAGGUCGAAUAAACUCUGCACUUCUGAGGAGAAAGAGGAGGAGACAAGCAGAAAAGAGAAGAAACAGGGACUGUGUUUGACAUUUCCAAGUAAAGCAGAAGACACGCAAACUAACACAAAAGAAGACACAACUCAGAUACGUCACUCUCCCCUGCUUCAUUUCUCAACCUCCCAUCUUAAGGACAACGUUUCGCCCUCAAAGUGCUCCUCAUCAUCCUCUUCCUCAUCACCACCUCCAUGCUCUGGGUGUGUGCCUGUUAUCCGUCACAGCAGUCGAGCAGCUAUGCUCCAGCUGGAAGAAGAGACACCAAUGCCCCCUUACCAUCGAGUAUCCCAAUCCUCAGCCGGCUCCAGCAGGGCCCCUUACUCUCGGUCAGGAAGCACAGACAGUGACAACAUCGAUGAGGGUAUUACCUCCACACACGGAAAUCUUCAUGGGGCACAGAAUCAGGCUUACAUAAACAAUAAAGACCACAUUGGGGCACAGAGUUGGGAUUACAAGGAAACUUCAGAUCAGUCGGACACCCUCAAACAGGAUUACAACAUUAGCAAUUCAUAUAAUUUAACAGGACAGAAUAGUGAACAGAUGAGCAUUACAGAUCCUAAUGAUCCUCAUGCUCAUUGUGUUUCAGUUAAUAAAAAAUACAUUAAACUUAUUAGGGAUGAUUCACAGAACAUGGAUUGCAGCAAUUUCACCAGAGGGUUAAAGUAUAAAAUGUAUGAUACUUUCGAGGAUUUCCCCUUCAAACAUCAGCGAAUGGAUUGCUCUGAUUACCAAAAGGUCUGGAUGGCCAAUGCAGCAGAGGAACAAUCCAUUCAGUCAAAAGAUCUGAGGAAUAAAGCCCCACUUCCUGCACUGGACUCAGACACAGGAAGUGAUUCCCUCUGGGAAGAUGUGUGUACCCAGGAAGACGUGAAAGAGGAACACAGUCAGGAAGAAUAUGAGACAGUCAACAGAAACACAGCCAAGAUGGACAAGAGAUACAAUGUCCUUCAGCUUGUCUCUCGGACACAUCAAUCAUGUUUGGAUGAUGUCACUGGCGGUCUCUCCAGCUUUGAUUGUCCCACAUCUGUAGAACCAGAAAAUAUGCCAGGCAUUGAUAUCAAAGAGCCGCCCUUCACCUUAACAAUGCCUGCUGCUCACAACAUGUCUGACCCAACAUACAGUGUUGUUGAGCCUUCAUACCGUGGACACCUUGAGUAUCACUGCCUACCAGAGGAGGAAAGACACUUAUCACACCAAUACUCUGGCCGCAAACACUCCCACCAUCCCGAUCAUUCAUACCCGUCCAGUGAUGAGGAGAAGGCUGGGACUUUUGCCAGUCAAGGCUACAGUUCUCUGAGGCAGCACUUUUCAACAAGGACUACUGACCAGAUUCUACUGCUGGACAUUAGCGCCAAACCUACCGAGUUCCUAUUUGCUAAUCCAUUACGCCAAAAGGAAACAUUUGGAAACGGGUUUAGGAAGAAUAAUAGAGAGCAAUUAAGUGAAGCAACAUCUGUAGCAGGUGUUGACUCUAAAUAUUGGGCUGGAGAAACAAGUGUCAAAAAAAGUAAAUCUGUUGGAAAAGACCGAAGCAGGCCAAAGAUUGAGGUUAUACAUAAAUCUGCGGUUGAGAAGAGGGUUUCCAAACAUAAAGAUUGUGAUAACAAGACUCCUGCCAUGACAAUUUGCUCACCUCCUAAUGUGCAAGACUCUGUGCAAGCCUCGAUGUCAUCAAUCUUGUCUGUCUGCAUACCUUCUUCCCGGUCAGCCAGUAUGCCAACAACUAUAUCUGCUCGAGUUUCUAACCCUGUUCAGCACCCUUUCCAGUGCUCUCUGUGCGAGCGCUCCUUCAGUCAGCGCGGCUCACUGAACAGACAUGUGCGGAGCCACCUUGGAGUCCGGCCCUUCCCCUGCCCCUGCUGCCCUAUGACUUUUUCCCGCCAGUACCGUGUCACAGAGCACAUGCGUGUUCACCAGCGCUGUGUCAUCCUGAGUGACUUUUGAAGGCACCCUGCUUCUUAGAGGACAGGCCUCAAAAGUGAAAUGUCUUUUCCUGUAUGUAGGCCCGUAUGGAGCCUAUACUUAUACUUAUUUUGCAAAUGUAUGGAAGGCAAUUAGAUGGACAAAUUAAAAUAAAGUUCAUGGAUAUCUUUGCCCUCCAAAGGCUAACGAUGAGAGUAAACAGUGGUCAUGUGCAUUGAAAUAACAUUGUUCAUACCAAGUAAUGGGAAAAGGGGAAUUGAAAAUACUUUUUGACACAACAUGUCAUGUUAUGAAGAACAACCAAUCUCAACCAGCAGAUAAAUGCAGUAAAUAUCAGUCAUUUGUAAAUAUGGAGGAGCACCUUCACUUUAGUGCAUGGCUACCCAGAGGUUUAAGAUCGAGUGUCCAGUUUUUACUCUAUAUUAAUUUUAUGAGCACCUUUGCUAAAAUGUCACACGAUCAUUAAUAUCCUCUGAUCUCGUGUUUCGAGUGCCAGUGUCCGGCAAACACCCACACAUACCCACAGAGCAGAGCUGACAGACCAGAGACAGUAAACACCAAGGAAAAAAAUUGCUGUCCUGUGUAUAAUUUUUUAGUACACACUUAAAAAACACAGUCUGGAAGAGCUAAGGGUGUAUGGUUAGCUGGCUAUAUUCGCUGAGCAAUAUCAGAACCUGCAUCAGCACCCUUGAAUAUGGAACAAGAGUAGCCGUCCAACGCAUGACUGACAUGCCUUGCCUUUUUCAUAACCAGUCGAUAAAAGACAGGCCCCGUGUUUGGCCCCAGGAGUGAUGUGUAGAUCGGUUCUUUUCAAAGUAUAAUUUACUUUGAGUUGAUACAUGGAAAUAUAUCGAACCUUUCUUCUGAUACUUUCUGAAUAAUCUGACGUUGAUUUUUCUUUGACAGUCCGCGACAGUACAUUCAUGUUUGACUGCUAGUGUUCCCGACCCAUAAAAGUUAUCUUCAAUGCAUAACUGUUAGAAAAUUAUUUGUUUGUCC